CGUAACGUCUCCGUACGCUUUCCGGGACAUUCCUCAAAAGCUGCAAAAAGCAAAGAAUCAUACGCAAUGGCCGCACCACUGGCCUCACCGCUUAUCCGCUCUAGUCGAUUAUCUUCUUUAUCAAAUGCUCUCGUCAAUCUGAAGCUGGAAACCGUCCAUCCUGCUAUGUCGUUCAAGUCGCGGGGAAUAGGCUACUUUGUGGAAUGUGCUAAACAAGCCCACGGCUCUGGUCUUCAUGUUGUCGUCGCCUCUGGAGGUAAUGCCGGAUUGGCUGCUGCCUGUGCUGCCCGACAACUCCAAGUCAGAUGUACAGUAUUCAUACCUGAAGGGGCAACACAGACCACGAUAAAUCUUCUGGAAGGCGAAGAUGCUGAUGUCGUAGUGGGCGGAAAAGACUAUGCCGAAGCCCUUCAAGCAGCCAAAAUACUUGUUGAUUCAAAGGAAAAUGCCGUGAUGGUUCCAGCAUAUGACGACCCCGUCGUAUGGGAAGGUCACUCCUCACUUGUUUCUGAACUCGCCCACCAGUUACCACAAACGCGCCCAAGAGCAAUAUUUUGUUCUGUGGGAGGUGGUGGGCUGUUAGGUGGAGUUAUCAAGGGUUGUGCCCGGGCCGGAUGGGAUGCCGUUCCUAUAGUCGCGCUCGAAACUAUUGGCUCCGACUGCUUCUAUCACUCUUUAGCUCUCAAUAGGCAAGGACAAGGUGUAGAUCUGCCAGCUGGGGUGAAAGCUAUCUACGAUCAAACUCAUCAAGUUUGGCUUGCCCAUUUCAGCUCAUUUGCUUCCAAAGCGUCGGGCUCUCUGGGCGCAUCUCAACCUGCCGCUGGCGUCGUGAAAAUGGCGCUUGAACGAGCAGGACCUGUCAUUUCUGUGACGGUCCCCGAUGAGCUAAGCAUGCAGGCAGCGUACAACUUUGCAGAUGACCACCAACUGCUUGUGGAACUGGCUUGUAGCACAACUUUGGUGCCCGCGUAUAAAAAGGAGCUUUUGGAUGAGAUUUUUCCGGGUACAGACGAACGUCCAUUCGUCUUCGUGGUCUGUGGCGGAUUCAAAAUCUCUGUUCAAGACUUGACUAGCUAUCGCGCUCAAGCUGAGGCAUAUGAAAAGGAAUUCUUGGAGGUUUACUGCGAUGGGAAGGUUAUUUCAGUCAGGAAGUGA